ACUCUAAAAAUAUUUCCGGUCUUCUUCAACCUUUCUCUCACUAAAACGAAGAGAGGGAAAGAAGACCAUUUUUGAGAUCAAAGAAAUUAACAUGGGUAAUUGCGCUAGUGAACCCAAGACCAAGGGUGAUGAUGCUGCUGGAGUCCCAGCACCCGAGCCCAGGACGGAUGAGUCGGUCCAGGGCAACGAGGUGCACCCCGAGCUGCAGCAGGAGGAGAACAAGGCUGAUGAUGGAGAUGCUCAGCAAAACAAGCAACCCUCUCUUGGGGCCUUGCUCAAGGAGGAAGAAGAAAAGACAGCUCAAGUUGCGGCAAAGCUAGAAGAAGCCGAAGAAAAGGCAAAGACGACUGAAAAGAAAGAGGAAGUAGUGGUUGAGCUGGAGAAGGCAUCUGAAGCAGCACCAGUUGCAGUUACCCAAGAAGACAAGAAAUCUGAUAUUGAGGAGAAGAAACCAGAAGUGAAGGAGACCAAACCAGAAGUGGAGGAGACCAAACCAGAAGUGAAGGAGAUUAAACCAGAAGAGAAGGAGACAAAACCAGAAGAGAAAGUGACAAAACCAGAAGAAAAGGAGACAAAACCAGAAGAGAAGGAAACAAAAGAAGAAAAGAAGGAGCAAAUAUGAAGACCUGCUAAGGGAGUCACUGUGGGCCUGUAAUUCUACUAAAAGACUUUAUAAAAAAUUUGUGUGUUUCCAAAUGUUUUGAAGAGAAAGCUAAUGGAUUGGUUGGGGAAGAAUGAGUCUCCUUUCUCUGUUUUAGUUGGAUUUGCUGGUUUACAUAUGGUUUUUCUUGCUGAAUCUUUUUGGUAUAUUUCACAAAUAUCCUUAGAUGUUUAA